UUGACUGGAAGUAUUUGAUGUGACGGAGCUAUAUCUUGUGGUUUUAACUAUCAUUUUUUAAAUCAUUUUAUGUUACUGCUACCACACGAAGAUGAAAACAGCAGUGAGGAAUUUAACUACAACAAAGAGAGGAUUUGUCUCCUUCCUUCUCUCUUUAACAGUGGUACAGGCUCAGAGUGACUGGAGAGUGACUUACUCUUCCUCUCAGAUCUGUGCUGUGGAAGGAUCAACAGUGGACAUACCAUGUUCUUACACAUAUCCAUCCAGAGGGAAUGAGCAUGACCCUGUAGUCUGGAGAUCUUUCUGGUUUGUGAAAAUGAAUGGAAACAACCCUUUAGAUCUGAGAAAUGACCCAGAUUACAGAGGUCGUGUGGAGUAUCACUGUUAUGAUAACAGCUGCACCCUGAGGAUCACCAACGUCAGACAGAGCGACUCAGCUGAGUACAGAUUCAUGUUGAUGACAAACCAACCAGAGGGAGGAGUUACUGGUUCACCUGGAGUCACUCUGUCAGUCACAGCUCUACAGGUGCAGGUGAGCGGUGGAGGAUGGGUCGAGCCUUAUUACUCUGCAGUGCUGACGUGCCAUGGCAGCUGCAGACCCACUGCUCCUCUUUCUUACAUCUGGUACAAAAACGGAGAGAAAAUGAAGGAGGAAGCAUCUUCUUUCUCAGGAAGCUUUUACUCUGCACACAGCUUUGCCUGUGCUUUAAAAGGAUAUGAGGAUUUCCCCUCAUCUUCAGUGUGUGUUGAUGGUCAAACCUGCUACAGAGUGACAUACAACGUCAGAACCAUCUGUGCCCUUAAAGGCUCAUCAGUGAACAUUUCAUGCACCUACUACAGCUUUGGGAUUCCUGAAUCAAAGUUUUGGUUCAGAUCUGAUCGUAGUCAUCAGUGGAAGAGAGGCACAGAGCCUGAAGACCUCAGUAAAGACCCCCAGUAUGCAGGUCGUGUCCAGAUCUCUGGAAGCUGGAGCAGACAGUCCUCUCUGAGAAUCUCUGAGCUGAGAGAGAGAGACUCUGCUCAGUAUCACUUCAAAUUUAAAACAAAACAAGUUAAAUGGGGGAACAGCUUCACUGGUACAACUCUGACUGUCACAGCUCUCCAGAUGAAGGUGAUCAGUGUAACAGUCCACCAGGAUUAUACUGAGGCAGAGCUGAGGUGUCACAGCAGCUGUAGUCCUGCUGGUGGUAUUUCUUUUGCCUGGUUGAAGAACGGACAGAAAAUCCCGAGUGCUGAAAACUCUUCUCAUAGAGAUCGGCUUUAUCCAGGAGACUUUAUGUCUUGUGCUUCAAAAGGACUUGAAAAUUACGCCUCACCCUCUGUGUAUGCUCUGAAGACUCCCUCUGUGUGGGUGAGUCCUGUGGAUGAAAUAACAGAGGGCAGUUCAGUCACUCUGACCUGUAGCAGUGAUGCUAACAGAACAGCUAAAUACACCUGGUACAGGAAGAACCAAACCCUGUCCAGUGAGGGAGCACAGCUUGUCUUCAGCUCCAUCCAGUCCUCUGACUCUGCAGAGUAUCAGUGUGCAGCUGAGAACCAGCUGGGGAGGAGAGAAUCUAAACCCGUCUUUAUCCAUGUCCAAUCAACCAUAUCAAACAUCUCCAGGAUAACUCUGGGACUCUUGGUGAUGAUUCUUCUUCUCCUCUUGAUUCUGUGGAGGAGGAAGAAGAACACUAUGGAGGCUGAACCUGCAGAAGCAAUGGAGUCUCUCUCAGUAUUCACUCUGCCCCCUGUCUCUGAAAUCUCUGAUAUUAUCAAAAAAUCAAAAACCUCCACCUGCCAACUGGACCCCCUUCCUACUGUCCUUGUCAAAGCUGCUGCUCCCUCUCUGGCCCCUCUCAUCACACUCAUAACCCACUCUUCCCUCACCACUGGAAUUGUCCCCUCACCCCUUAAAACCGCUGCUAUCACUCCCACACUCAAGAAACCUGGUGCUGACCCCAACGACCUCAAUAACUUCCGUCCUAUUUCCAAUCUUCCAUUCCUCUCCAAAAUUCUUGAAAAAACUGUCGCCUCUCAACUUCAUUCUCAUCUGUCUCACAAUAAUCUGUAUGAACAAUUUCAAUCUGGUUUCCGUCCCCUUCACUCUACCGAAACUGCUUUACUGAAAAAAACCAACGAUCGCCUUUUAGCUGCUGAUUCUGGUCUACUAUCCAUACUCAUCCUGCUUGAUCUGAGUGCGGCCUUUGACACCAUCUCCCACACCAUCCCUCUGGACAGACUUCUCACUAUCGGCAUCACACAGACACCCCUCACCUGGUUUAAAUCCUGUCUCUCUGGCCGCGCUCAGUUCAUUCAGCUCAAAUCAUUCACUUCCUACCCACUCCCAGCCACCACAGGUGUGCCCCAGGGCUCAGUCCUGGGGCCCCUGCUCUUCAUCAUCUACAUCCUCCCACUUGGCCACAUCCUCCGAAAAUAUAACAUUCACUUCCACUGCAACGCGGAUGACACCCAGCUCUACAUAUCCACUAAACCUGACUCCACCCUCCCACCUUCCUCCCUCACCAACUGUCUCCUUGAAAUAAAGUCCUGGUUCACACUCAAUUUCCUUAAAUUAAACAGCGAUAAAACAGAAAUGUUAUUAAUUGGCACCAGAUCCACUCUCAACAAAUCUAACAGUUUCACUAUUCCAUUUGACCACUCCUCCGUCUCCCCCUCCCCUCAGGUAAAGAGUCUGGAUGUCAUCCUGGACAGCACACUCUCCUUCACAUCACACAUCAACAACGUAAUCCGGUCAGCCUACUUCCACCUCCGAAAUAUCAACCGUCUCCGCCCUACCUCCCCCCUCACACCACAGUCAUUCUGGUCCAUAGUUUAG